UAAUUGAAGUUCAGUGUUUCUCUGAAUUCCGUCGAGAAAUGUUGCUGAUACUUAAAAUUACAUUGGGAAUUUUAUUUCUCGAGCUUGUUAGUGCUCAGUUAAAUAAUCCAAUUGUCGAAACGUCUUUAGGCAAAAUUAAAGGAACAAUAUUAAAAACCGAAAAAGAUCGUGAAUUUUAUGCAUUCCGUGGAAUAAGAUAUGCAGAAUCUCCAAUCGGUGAUGAGCGAUUUAAGGCUCCUAUAGCUGUGACCAAACCAUGGAACGGUGAAUAUGAUGCCACUAAAGAUGGUUACAUGUGCCCACAAGUUGGUCCAAGUGAAGAUCUUUUGUCCGAAGACUGUUUAAUAGUGAAUGUUUACACAACAAAUCUAAAUGCUAGCAAGCCAGUAAUAGUUUAUAUUCACGGUGGAUCUGAUAAAGAUGGAGGAAGUCACAGUGUGAGAGAAGCUGGUCCCGAAUACCUAAUGGAGACUGAAAUUGUGUUGGUAUCACUGAAUUACCGACUAAAUGCAUUGGGAUUCCUCACUACACGAACUUCUGAAGCUCCUGGAAAUUUCGGUUUCCUUGAUCAAAUCAUGGCACUAAAAUGGGUUCAUGAGAAUAUUGAACAUUUCGGUGGAAAUUCAAGCUCCGUGACAAUCUUUGGAGCUAGUGCUGGAGGAAUGGCUGUCACUUUACAUGUAGCUUCACCUCUUUCAAGAGGAUUGUUUCAUAGAGCGAUUGCUAUGAGUGGAUCAGCAGUGAAUGAACAAGCAAUUGAUAAUUUACAUUGGACCAGGAAACUAGCCCAUGAGACUUCUUGUCCAAUGUUCAAUCCUGAAGACCUUCUUAGCUGCCUUCGGAAAGUUCCCUGGCAAACUAUUGUACAAAUUAGCAAACGAUGGGAUUUGUAUGGAUUUGCCGACAUGAAAUGGAACUAUGAAGUCGAUGGACACUUUUUGGAUUUUCCACCAACAAAAUAUUUCGCUCAAGGAAAUUUUUCCCAUGUUCCAAUUCUGACAGGUCUAACAAAGGAAGAGUUUAGGAUAAUGAGUCAAAUUCAUUACGAUAAUCCAGGACUUUUGAAUGAUAUUGAUUUUAAUUUGGAAAAAUAUUCUCGUGAAUUUUUCAUGCAUGAUUUUGGUGAUCCAAUUGAGGGGAAAGUUGAAAAAUUGAAGACAUUUUACUUCAAAAAUGAAUCAAUGAGUACAGCGAACUUGGAAAAAUUUGGUGAAGCAUUAACAGAUUCGUUUAUCAAUCAUGGAGUUCAUAGAUUGGUUGAUUUGGCUCGAAAAUUUGUUCCAGUUUAUUAUUAUCGUUUUGAUUAUAAAGGAAGUUAUGGAAUGUUUCCAAAUAUUUCUGAUGUUUAUCAUGGUGAAGAGCAAAUUUAUAUUUUCAAAACAAACAAACCUGGUGCAGGAAUUAGUGUCAAGGAUAAAGAAUGGCAAAUGAUUGAAACUAUGGUUGGAAUAAUUUCAACUUUUGCACAAAAUGGAGUUCCACCAGAAUUUGAUAAUUUAAAAUGGCAACCAUCAAAUCAAACAGAUGUCAAUACUUUGUACAUAAAUGAAACAUUGAAAAUGGAUAGUCCUCCCUUUGCAGAAAGAUUCCAACUUUGGGAUAAUUUGUUUCCAGUGGAAAAUAUUGGAAGUAGAUUAUCGAUUUGUUUAACAAUUAUGUUGAUUGGAGUAUCAGUUGUUUUUAGUGUUUUUGUCUAAAAUUAUUUGAAGAUUAAUAUUAUUAUCUUAA